AUGCCAGGGGCCGAUAUCAGAGCCAUCUUCACCAGUGAUUCUGAAUCCGCGAUGCUUUCUUGCUUCAACGGGCUGCGCUGCGCCUGCCACAGACUGCAGACUGUGCUGAAAGACACGUUUGUGCACAAGGAUAGUGGUGUCUCAGCCCACAUCCCCACCAUAUUUGUAAGUGCGUCCGAUUUAGUUACAUACUUUCGAAAGUGUGGACAAGCUGCUGUACUCCCCUCGAUCUUGCAGUCUGCAAUUGAUGUCCGCUGGAACAGCCAUUUGUCGAUGCUAGAGAGCAUAUUGCGCAAUCGCAGCGAGAUUGAGGCGUUUCUUCACUCUCAACACGAUGAGGAGCGCAUUGCAUUGCUUGAGCAGCUCAGCCAGGGAGCUACGCGGGGUACGUCGUGGGACUAUGUGCUAGCGCUGGUGUCAUGGGGGUGUUCAAGAGCAAUUGACUUGCUGCAGAUUCGUGACCGCCCGACUCUGCAUCUUGUCUCUUACUUUAAGUCCCAACUGCCCCAAAAACAUAAUGAUAUUAAAUUUGCACCUGCGGCAACGAAGCACAAUAUGCGCGCGGUGAUUGCUAAAUUGAAAGCAAACAUAUCGAACAAGUUUGUCCCCGAUUUCAUUCAUGAGGUUGCGUACCUUUUGCAUCCGCUUUCCAAAGUGGUGGCAGCCGACCAAGAUGGCGUACGUGCAGCGACACUGGCUCACAUGGGGAAUAUGGCUGCGGCAUUUCCCAAUCUGCUGCACCAAGAGACGGAGGCCGGGCUGGAUGAGGUGGCCAUGGAAGGUGUGCGACUGCCAUCUUUCAUAUCGUUUGCGCCACGGACAAGCACGGGAGAUGGUGAGGAGAAGCUGUCUACCAAAGAAAUGCUUGAAAGCUGUCUGUUUCCAAACAAUGAGGACAAGGACACUUACGUGUACUUUGACAUUCUCGGCUACUGGAAGUCCAGGGCAAGCAAGUUCCCACUGCUCGCAAAGCUUGCCUCGUUUGUUCUGGCUAUCCCGGCAAGCAGCGCAGAAUGCGAGUGCAGCUUUAGCACCGCGCGCUUCAUCAAGUCCGUGCUGUGUUCCGCGCUUUCCAGUGACUCCUUGGAAGGCAACGUCGUUCUUCAUGACAAUCCGGACCUUCUCGAGAAGUACUUUGGUGAGAUUGAAGAGUCCGACACCGAGCUGUUCAAAGUCAUUACCUGA